UAUAAUUUAGAAGUUAUAUGUGGUUUUCCAGGUUGUCAAUAGUCACAAUGGCUUCAACAUCAUUGGCCGAACAGCUCCAAAAGCUAUCGGCACCUCAGUCUUCCAUUUACAAUGAUCACAAGAAGAAAGCUUCAUUGCUAUUUGAUCCAAAGGAAGCUGCUUUAAAGGACAGAGACACUUUCUAUGAGAUUGGUUUGAGUGGACUCAACGAACUUAUAGCUCUAUAUGAGGGAUUUCGUGUCUAUGAAGGAUCUCUAUUCAGUCUUAACUCAAAAGAUUUUGAAAGAGCUGUUCAGAGUAAAGAGGUGAACCAAAAUCUUGAUCAGACCAUUGAAAAGUUCUUACUACAAUUGUCACCAUAUUUUUUGUUGCAAUCUGCUCAUAAAUCUUUAGAAUGGCUUGUGAACAGGUAUCACAUACAUCAGUACAACCAAAAUGCAAUAAUGGCGUUGAUAUUGCCUUAUCAUGGUUCAAAAAUAUUUGUUCGUUUCGUACAAAUUAUGGAGAUCAAUUCACCUACAAACAGGUGGAACUGGUUGUUACCGAUACAGAAAAACGGAGUGGCACUAGGCAAUCAAGUUUGGUAUAAUCAGUGUAUCUCUACAUCUGCAAUGUUGCAGUUUGUUGCCAAAAUGACUUUAAACUAUGUAAAAGAGUUUGGUGAGAGAUCAUCUCAGUUGAAUACAGUAUUUGCCUUUUUCUGUCAAACUGCUUUGGGUGUCAUAGAAAGUAGCAAACGAGUAACAGAGGCUACAAUCAGUGCACUCUUGCCUACUUUGAUAAAGGGUAUUGAAUCACCAAUUGUUGACUUUAGAUCAUCAGUUUAUAUUGUACUUGGGUUCUUAUUCACUAAAGCAUCUUUAAAAAGUGAUACUUUAAACGAAAUUAUUGAUAAACUGCUUACAACAGAAUUUGAUAUGACUUAUGAUGUCGCUAUAUUGAUCACUAUGGCAUAUACUUAUCAAACUCAUGUUACAAAGAUAUCUGAUACUAUAUUGAAUGAUAUUUCAUUAGACAUAAUGAAUAAUCUGUGCAGUUUUCUCAAAAGAUCAGUGGAACAUAAACAGAAUAUUCAACCAUUUACAUUAGCAUUCCUCUCCAGCGUACUACCGAUCAUGCAGAGUGAUACUGAAAACUUUAAGAGAUUCUGUCAGUUGCCACAGAUACUAAUUGAUGAAGUAAACCUUAAACAGCAACAUCCUGAAUCAGUAAUCAAGUGUGUUCUAGAUACAUUACAGUUUCAAAAAUGUAAUGAGAUACCUGAAGGAGAUGAAAGUGAUAUAGAAAUUAUUGAUGAAGAAGAUAAUUGCUCUAUAGAAAUAAUACAGUGGUACACAUCUAUUCUAAAAAAAUUAGAAAACAAAUAUCCAGAUGCAUUUGAUAGAGUUAUUAAAGAAGAAAUGAGUUCUCACAACAGUAAAGAAUCAUCUAAAAAGAAGUUGAAACUGUCAAAAGUGCUUGGUUUCAAACCUGCUAUUGCUCAUAAAGUUGGUGACACAUACUUGUUUGAAAAUCUUAACCAUAUAAAUCCUGAAUUAAGAUCUGAAGCAGUCAAAUAUAUUAGUAAAGAAUUUGAUACUCUUAAAAUUGAAAAUAUUGAUUUUGUUAAAGACUCAAUUAUAAGUAGAUUAAAUGAUGAUAACAUUGACGUAGUUAGUGUGGCUCUACAAAUACCUAAUAAACAUUUAAAUCAGAUAUUCAAUGCAAUUGAUUUGACUAACGUCUUUGUAAAGAUUGUAAAUAAAAAUUCAAGAAAAUGGCAAUCUGUUAUUGAUGUUGCUAUAAAAAAAAUUUGUUCCUUGGAAAUGCUUCCUGUGAAUCAAGAAACUGUAUUAGCAUUGCUACCACAUUUGUUUCCAUAUGACGAAAAUUCAGCUAAUAUUAUGUGGAACAUUGUGAAUUCAAGAUGGGGGCAAAAGUUCAAACUAACAUCUAUACUCAGAAAAGAACUUGACAGUCACAAAGAUAACUGUGAAGUAUUAAAUCAUAUCAUAUUCAAAUCAUUGUUUAUUGAUGGAGUUGUAAACUUUGGUGAUAUACUUGAUAUGAACCAACUGAACAAACAGAAUACUCUUGAAGUUUUUACCUUUUUACUAUUAAAGACUUGUUCUUUUAAAACUUCUACAAUAGAAGAAAUGACAGAAACACUUAAUCUAUUUCUUGAAUCUGUGGAAGUUGAAAAUAGAUCAAUAAUAUCAAGUAAAAAUGAUGAGACUUUUUCAAAUAAAGUCAUAUUAGAAUUCAUCAGGCUGUCAAAACAAAAUAAAAUAAUAUUCGAGGUAGUUGAGUACAUAUUUUCGAGAAUAAUAGAAAACAUGCAUGUCAACAAUAUACCUAAACCUUGGUGUAAUGUGUGUGACAGUUCAGAAGUAAUCCUUGUGAGAAGAUUAUAUGAAAUCUUUAUUACUGGAUGUUCCAUUUCUACUUACGAGAAGCGAUAUGUUAAACUCUUACAUCAAUUAUUAGUCAAGUUAUUCGGAAACGGGAAAGAGAGAUGCGAGUUUAUAGCUAAUUUUGGCUGUGGUCACAUUUUAUAUGCUGCCGAUCGAAAAGAUGUGAUUGGUCCAGAACUACAACUGAGAAGCUUAAAAUUACUGAACAACUUUUUUGCUCUUCAAGAUCAUGAGUGGCUACUUGAAUCAGAUGUUGUUAUAUCGAUGAUUCUGCUUAACUUAAACAAUCCUCUUGAAGCUAUACGUCAAUGCACUAUUGAUUUAAUAAGUGAUCUUCUAAGAUUUAAUCCUGACAAUGGUAAAGUAUAUGUUCAGUUGUUAAAAGAACUUUUAGAACACAAGGAAGAGCUUUUGCUUGAUCAUGAACAGAUUCUGCAAGUUUUGCACACUAUUCUGUCGCAAACAACGCCAGCUAAGAAAAUUUUUAGAAAAAAUUGUAUCAUAAAAUUUGCAAAUAUUUUAACAUCAGGAACACCAUCAUAUGUGACGUCUAGUAUUCUUAAAUUGUUAGACAAGAUCAACUGUGCAACCACUUUUCCCACUUUUGUUCCAACUCUUAAUGCAUUGGAAAAGGUGUUAGUGGAAAAUAGUCUUAACCAGAAAUUCACUUUUAAUAUUUAUGAAUCUAAUUUGUUUAAAAACGUUUAUUGCCUAAUAAACGAAUCAACAAUAAUAACGCUCAAUAAAGAUCAUGUUUGGAACUCUAUUGAAUUAGGUCUGAAAGAAUAUAGAGAAUGUAUAAUGGAUGUAGCUCAUACAUUCACAAGUCCAAGUGUACUGAUUAUGAAACAAUUAGAUGAAGAUGUAUUCAAAAAGGUACCUAACGAUAAAUCUGGAAGUUUGGUUCGUUUGAUUGCGUCAGCCGGUGCUUUCAGUAAUAAUCCUACAAUUUCGAGCACUGCUGCAAAAACAAUGAAGAAGAUUCAUUUAUCUUUAAAUAAUUUUAAACCAAUAUUAGAGGGAAUGUUAAAUGUAGUUGAUCCAGCUGCGCAAGGACAAAAGAAGAAGAAAUCUUCAAUAACAAUGUUAUCUUAUCAAUUGACUGAAACUAAUGAAUGGAAAUUGGGAGUUACUAUGCUUGAAUACGUGCAAAAUAAGAAGAAGAUGUCUGUGGAUAACACUUUCGUGUUGUUAAUGUUUGAGUUGUUAAAUAAGUGCUUGAGAUUCGAAGAGCAAUCGUAUGUGGAAUAUACAAAACAACUCAUACUAUCCUCACUUUGGUACUAUUGCAAAAGAUUUGUCAAUGAUAAUAAUAAAAACCAAAUGAAGUCUCUCAAAUCUAAUUUUAAAGUCGAACUUGUAGUACAGUGCAUCAGGGGCACCCAAAAUCCACAAACUCAGCAUCACGCUUUAAUACUUUUGUCACAUGCUGCUUAUAUGUUGCCUGAACAAGUUCUCCAUCACACUAUGGAAAUAUUCACAUUUAUGGGCUCAUCAGUGCUUCGGCACGACGACGCGUAUAGUUUCCAGAUUAUUAUGAAAAUAAUUGAGACAUUGAUUCCGAUCCUUGUCAAACAGGACAAAGAUAUCCAAGAAUGUACGGAAAAGGAAUUACAGCAAUUACAAAAUCGUGUAGUACCAGUUUUGAGAAUAUUCGCCGACGUCGUUUUACAUGUGCCUGAACAUAGACGCCUUCCGUUAUACAAGCGUUUAAUAGAAACUCUUGGUCCCAGUCAUUUCCUCUGGGUAUUCCUGGCCUUAUUGUUGGAAACGCAUAUUGCACAUUUCAACGAUGACAAAAAGAAGGAUAAAAGCCAUAAUAGAACUCUAGCUGACCAAGAAUCACCAAUGACUAGAUUAGACUUUGGUCAGAACAUUCUUUUGGAAUUCCCUCCAGAAAUUUGUUUAGAAAACUUCAUUAAACUAAUGGGUUAUAUGAAAUCAUUACCAGUACAAAAAGAUGAGAAUUCUAUGGACACUGACGUCGAUCCAAGUGAUAUAUUUAGUGUUAAUGGCCACAGUGCGGUCCAACUGCGACAAUAUAAAUAUGUUGUCAUUACCUUCAUGAAUAAUUGUUUAGAGUCUUCAAGAUUUGUGCACCACAGUAGUCAAACUAGUGACAUCAAUCUUAUGGAAGGUCACUACAAAACAUUCAUUAUUAACAUAUUGACUUUCAUUCAGAGCAUUUCAAAACUAAAUGACGAAAAGAAUUCUAAAUAUUGGCGAGUAAUGUUACAUCACAGUUACGACCUUUUAGAUCAUACUAAUAAUUUGUUGUCUGCGCCAAUGUUCUUAUCGGUGGUACGAGGGCUCUUGAAGCACACAUUACAUGCAGUAAGACGGAAAUCUAUGGAAUUAUUAAAUUCUAAGAUUCAGUUCAGCUCCGGAAUAUUCGAUGAUGUAGAUAAGGAAUUGCUAUUUUCACUACUCUCUCCUUUAUUGGAUAUUAUAAAAACUAUUGAAAUUAAAGAUGACAGUCUAACAGAACUCGCUGCUCAAGAAAUUGAGGUGAAUCAGCAAACAGCUCUUUUAUCUUUGAAACUACUCACGAGAAUGUUGGCAUCUGAAAACCCUGAGCCAUUCAAACCUGUCUUAGAAAUAGUUACGGAAUACACUUGUAAUCCCAACAUUACUGGAAAUGUAAUGGCAUCAAUAGUGUUAUGCUUAGCAGAACUUUGUAGUAAUCUUAAAGCUCAUGCGCUGGCAAGCCUUAGGAAGUUCAUGCCAGCUCUAAUUAAAGUGCUCAAGAAACAGAGACAGACGGAAACUCCCGAAUUGAUACUUCUAAGUACUGUGACGGCGAUAUCUAAGAUUGUCGAAAGUUUGCCGUUGUUCCUAAGUCCUUAUCUGCAGAAGAUAUUGUAUGAGUAUGCUAUAUUGUCAGCAAAAUGGCAAACCUUUGAUCAGGAAUGUAGCAAAGUCUCAGCUGUUGUGAAUAAAUUGGUAAAUAUCAAGAAGAAGAUAGCUAGUUCUGUUCCACCUAGGGUUUUGAUACCAGUAGCAAACGAGACCCAUCAAUCGCUAUUGGAGAAAGAAAAUUUCGAAGCUGUUGGCCCAAUAAUGUCAGUUUUAGCAGAGUGCUUCUCGAACAUGACUACAGCUGAUUUCGCUACAUUACAACAGGAUUUGACGACUUUCUUCUUAUCAGCGCUAGAAUUACGAACUGAUGCAACAGACAAGGAUGUAGAAAAUAAUGUUAUUAACAAUGCAGAGGAUGAAGUCGUAAAUGCAUUAGUUCGUUUGGUACUUAAGCUUUCCGAAACCAGCUUCAGACCAUUCUAUUUUAAAAUCUAUGAUUGGGCAAUAAGAACUAAUGUUGAUGGUCGGAAAGAUAGAGCUAUUACUUUUUACAGAUUGAGUAGUGCUAUUGCUGAUCAGCUGAAAGGGCUAUUCGUUCUUUUUGCUGGACAUUUCAUUAAAAAUGCUGCAGAACUAUUAGAUUCUUGCAAUAACAGCAAAAGUGAAGAUCUUUUCCUGGACUCUGAGGAAAAAUGCUUGGAACUUAUAAAGUAUAUUAUAAAAACUCUUCAUAUAGUGUUCCUGUAUGAUAGUCAAAAUUUCUUGAACAAGGAGCGAUUCGAAACUCUGAUGCAGCCUGUUGUUGAUCAAUUGGAAAACACUUUGGGUGGCAUUGAGGCUCUUAAGACGAGAGCAGCAGAGUUGUUGAUUCCUUGUAUAUCACAAUUCGCUAUUGCUACCCAAGAUGAUUCACUGUGGAAGCUGCUUAAUUACCAAAUUCUCUUGAAGACCAGACAUAAUGAUGGUGAUAUCAGACUAAUUGCUGUCGAUUGUUUGGUUGCUAUGGCCACUCAGCUCGGUAGCAGCUGGCUGCCACUCCUGGCUGAGAGCGUUCCCUUCUUGGCUGAACUUCUAGAGGACGGCGAUCAAAAAAUAGAGACGUCCACUAAAGAUGCAAUUAGGAAACUCGAACAGAUACUUGGAGAACCCCUUGAAAAAUACUUUUAAUUAGUUUAACUAUGCUCACUAUAUACUGACAAUAAAGCUGUUGAAUUUG